UUGAUUUGCAUUGGAUCCUCCCCUUCUACUGCCAGUUGGUGUUGGUAAUUUUGGGAUUCACUAGAACAACAGCUGGUGCUGGGAUCCCAAAUCCUCAGAUGGAGCCAUUGAUCUGUAUUGCCAUCUCCGUCCUUUUGCUGUCUUCAGCUUGCCAGGACACAUUUUCAAAAGGGAUGGAAGUACAAUCUACCAAUCUUUCAUGUUCUCAUACUGAAUUCUGCUCCGAAGCAGCCACAUGCUGUCAGAUUGGAAUGGAUGGGUACGGUUGGAUCGCUGCGGCGGUUGGCUGGAGUCUCUGGUUUCUCACCCUUAUCAUCUUCUGUAUUGAUAAACUCACAAAGCUCAGGCCUGAUGAACCCAAAUAUUAGGAAGCCCAAUGCUAGGUAAACCCAACCGACACUUCUGCUUGUCGAUGCCAUUCCCAAGGCAGUUGGCUGGAGAAAUUAACACCGCCUAUUCAACUGCUGAAGUGCAGAAUAAGAACCUUUAUGCUUUCUGCCAGAAGGACUUGAGAAGAAUGAUGCCCACAAAGAUGCAUUGUAGUUUUAAUCCUGCUGUCUACUUUGCAACACUUGAGAAGAGAACCACAGCUCUGGUUUGCAGAAAUACUUGCAGUCCUAUGAAGCAAGAAUUUGCACCUCCGUUGGAUUCUUCUGUUGUAGUUGUGAGUUGAACAGCUAUCACUGAAAGCACCAUUUCUCCUCUCUCCCAGUGGCUUAAGAGUCAGCUAGCUGACAUUUCCUUCUCCUGACACAGAUGAUGGUGUUUUUCAGGGUCAUGACUUGAGUCAAGACUUGUAGCUUUC